AUAUAAAAAAUUAGUACGUGAAAAAGAUGAAAAAAUUUCGUAGAUCAAUGUAAAAUAGAAUUUUACUACGUUGAUUAAGAGGUUAUCCAAGAAGGAACAUGCAUUGAUAUAGACAGAAAUGAAAAACAAAACAAAUACAAUGUAUGAAUUUAUAGCUAAUGAAUUGCGAAAGAACAUUUAAUAAUAAUGAGUAGAAACACACGAGGCGACCAAAACCAGCCGAAAAGACGUCUCCAGGCUCCAAGAAAUCAUCUCCCAGAAACAAAACCUUAUCGCACCACCAAUGACCAAAAUAUGUGUACGAAGUGCAAGAACUUUUAUGCCAUCUGUACUUCCCUGUCGCCACAACAUUGCCCAAACAGAAGACAACCACAGCCUGAAACAAAACAAAACAAAUUCCACAAAAGCCCAAAAAACAAAGCCCUAAACACCAAACAAAAAAUUCAAUCUUUUCAUUCACCAAAUCCAGCAACACGCUACACCACAUUAACCUAUGGUUUCUCACCUUUUUGAAGCAGACUCAUAAGAAAAGAAAACGAUAACAUGCAUACAAAAAGAGCAAAAGUCUGAAGUUUGAAACUUUCAUGGAUUCAAGGCUUCAUGGUGUCCCCCUUUCAGCCACACAGAUGGCCCCAAAGGCGGCUUCUUCUAACACAAUAUCAGGUAUUAGAGCUCCUCUUACUGUUGAUGAUUCUGACUCUGAAUAUUCUGUUUCACCGAAAAGUGAUAGAAAUAGUACUACUGGUAGCUACUACAGUGGUAGUGAGCUUGAGUCUGAGGGUUCUGUGAGUGGUGAAGAUGAGACUGAGACUGCCUCUGAGAGACCUCUUAUGACUGACCAAGACAAGGAAAUUCUUGAAGAAACUCACUCUCUUCGGGAACAUGCAUUUUCUAAGUCAAAUGGUGAAAUAGUUCAAGAACGUAAUAAUAGCAAUGAACAUGGCGUCUCCAGGCCUUCUAUGAAGAACCCAGAUGAAGCAUUUCCUCGUGGAAGUGGUAAUGUUAGUGGGGGGACUUUUUUCAGGCCUUUUGUCAGAAACCCAGAUGAAAGAGUUAAUAGUAUUGUUGAUGACUCUGAUGAUGCAAGACCAUUCUUGGGUGAGUCAGGUGAUGAACUUGUUGAAGAUGAGGAUUAUGUUCUGAAUACUGGCAAGACUAGGCCGUUUGUGGCUGUAAUGGAUGAGAAUGUUUCAGAUAUUGAGCCAAUGCCAGUUGUGGAUUCUAGAAUUCCACUGGUGCGGAAGGUUCAAAUUCCAAUUGCGCAGAUAUCGGGGGACAGUGAUGACGACUCUGAGAGCAGUGUUGUUUUGGAAGACAAUAGUUUCUCAGGAGUUGUUAGGCUCCCAAGCAUUGGAGUUCUCCAUAGAGUUAAUAGUGCUCCGAAAGUUAGAAUCUUGGAGGUUGAUGAAGGGGAUGACAACGAGUCACAAGCUGAGAAUAUGAUGGAGAUGGAAUUUACUGCGGACUUGGUAAUUAAUAAUGAUGUUUUGGAUAUUAAAGAUGAAAAGGAGCAUAUUGGUGUGGAGGACGUUAUUCGCUAUGACAUAUCAACUGAUACCAUCCAAGAUGAAGCUCCUGAUGCCAAUAAAGAAGCUAGAGCUGAUUCUUUGGUAGCAGAUGAGGAGUUUAGUGAGGACUUGGUAAUUAGUAAUGAUGCUUUGGAUACAAAAGAUGAAAAGGAGCUUAUUGGUGUGGAGGAUGCGAUUCGCUGUGACGUAUCAACUGAUACCAUCCAAGAUGAAGCUCAUGAUGCCAACAAAGAAGAUAGAGCUGAUUCCUUCGUCGCAGAUGAGGAGUUUAUUGAGGAUUUGGUAAUCAGUAAUGAUGUUUUGGACACAAAAGACGAAAAAGAGCAUAUCGGUGUGGAGGACGCUAUUCACUGUGACAUAUCAAGUGAUACCAUCCAAGAUGAAGCUCAUGAUGCCAAUAAAGAAGCUAAUGGUGAUUCUUUGGUCGCAGACGAGGAGUUUGAGGACUUGGUAAUUAGUACUGAUGUUUUGGACCGUAAAGAUGAAAAGGAGAAUAAUGGUGUGGAGGACACCAUUCACUGUGUCAUAGCAGCUGACACCAUCCGAGAUGAAGCUCCGGAUGCCAAUAAAGAGGCUAGAGCUGAUUCUUUGGUCACAGAUGAAGAGUAUAAAUCCACAUCUGAACCCGAGCAGAAUGAAGAUCUCAUGCAUUUAGAUGAGGAGAUUCAAGAAAUUGAUGUGAUUGAUGAUCAGAGGAAGCAUGGGGAUUUGGUUGAUCUUAGAGAGCUCACUGACCUUGCUGGCACACUGGUUACAGGAAAUAUUUGUUCUUUUGCUUUAGCUGCAGAACAGGGAUGUCAAUUUGGAACAGAUAACCUGAUGGAAAUUGAACAUACUGAAUUGGGAAGCAGCAACAACUUCGGUGAAGCAUGUAUGGAUGACGGGGAGACGAAGAGCAGUAAUACUGGUUUUGAGGAUAAUCUUGUCUUCAAUCAGGAUAUUGACAGUCAGAAUGUGGAGACUGAGAGUGAGCAAGAGAUUGGCCAGCCAAUUGAGUCCUUUAGCUCUAUUGCUGGCCGCAAAACGGGAUCUGAUUGUGUUGACAUUAAGGAACUGCCAACUGAAGUGUGUUGCCAAUUCUCAGAAUUGCCUGAGUCUCUCACAGAAAUUUUGCAGGUAGAUACCUCUGAUAGCCCUUUGACAGAUGCUAGCCUGACUGGUGUUAAUGCUUCUCAAGCUGCCUUCCAAAGUGUCAAAUUGGAUCAUGUAGCUGAGAAAGAAGCUAAAAAUAGUGAAGACAUUCCUGGGGAAGUAGAAGGUUCAACCUUUCACCCUGACACUGAGGCAGUGGCAGCUGAAAUGGAGAGGGAACAGGAUUCUGCUUCUCUCUCUGAUGAAGAGGCUUUACUAGAUCAUUCACAAGAGAUUGGUGUUCAGAAUGUCAGAGACUUGGAGGGAGACGCAGAUGCUGAUGGUGGAAUAAGUGAUAAUAGACGAAUAAUUGAUUCUGUUUCACUGGCUGGAUUUUUGAAAGCAGUCAAAGGUGCUGCGUCAGAUAACAGCAAUUUUAAACUUACAUCUGUUGAUGGCAUAGAGAAUCUUCCUCGAGAAGAUAAUUCUGCUGAUCUAGGCUCCAUAAUCCUGUCUGCAAGACCUAUUAUUGGAGCAAGAAGCUCUGGUCCUUUCACGCCCCUCUCCACUAAUGGCAACUUUGAGGGAGCUUUAAGUGAAGUAGAGAAGCAGCAGCUUGAGAAAAUACAGAAGAUACGAGUGAAAUAUAUGCGGCUUCUGCACAGAUUGGGCUGUUCUCCUGGAGAUUCUGCAGCUUCAAAGACUUUACACCAGCUAACAAUUGCAGAGCCAAGGUCCUCUUCUCAAGCAUUCCAUCUCGAUUUUGCAGCCAAAAAGGUCGCGGUGGAUCUUGAAGCACAGACCAAGGAUGACUUGGAUUUUUCAUUGUGCAUCUUGGUUAUUGGAAAAACUGGAGUCGGUAAGAGUGCAACAAUAAAUUCCAUUUUUGGGGAAAGGAAGACUGUAAUUAAUGCAUUUGAACCUGCCACGACUCGUGUCAAAGAAAUUAUUGGUAUUAUAGAUGGAAUCAAAGUCAAGGUCUUUGACACCCCAGGUCUUAGGACUUCUACAAUAGACCAAUCCAUCAACAGAAAAGUUUUGUUAUCGAUUAAGAAAGUAAUGCACAGGUCGCCGCCUGAUGUUAUCCUAUAUAUUGAUCGCCUAGACACACAAUGCAGUUACCUUAAUGAUUUGCCUCUACUGAAGUCAGUCACCUCUCACCUGGGUCCAUCAAUAUGGAGAAAAUCAGUUGUUGCGUUGACCCAUGCAACUUCAAUACCUCCAGAUGGACCCAAUGGGUAUCCUUUAAGCUAUGAGGUAUUUGUUGCUCAGAGAUCACAGGUCGUUCAACAGCUUAUUAGCCAUUCAGCGAAGGAGCUCCUGGUGAUGAACCCUGGUUCAAUGAUACCAGUUAAUCUAGUUGAAAACCAUCCAUUUGCUAAGAAAGAUGGACUUGGUGAAACGCUGCUGCAAAGUGGAGAAAGCUGGAGGCAGCUGCUGCUGCUUUCAUGUUACUCAGUGAAGACAUUAACCGAACUGAGUUCUGUGGUCUCAGUUCCUAAUACCUUUAACCACAUGAAACUGUUUGGGGUACGGAUUCGUUCGCCAUCCCCAUUUUACUUCUUGUCCUCCUUAUUACAAUCCAAUGUUCACCCAAAACUAUCUAAUGAUGAAAGUGGUGAGAGUGCUGACUCAGAUGUUGAACUGGGUUAUCUAUCUGAUUCUGACCAUGGAGAGGACUUUGAGUAUGAUAACCUCCCUCCAUUCAAGCCGCUGAAGAAAUCAGAGAUUGCUGAACUGAGCAGUGUCCAAAGGAAAGCAUACUUUGAAGAGUAUGAUUAUCGUGUCAGGCUACUUCAGAAGAAACAAUUUAGAGAAGAAAUAAGAAGGUUCAGGGACUCGAGGAAAGAGAAAAACAGUGCAGCCAAUGGUACUUAUCUCGAUGCAGUUAUGGAUCAACAAAUGGGGAGUGCAGAAACUAUAGCAGCUCCUUUACCAGACAUGGCACUCCCACCUUCUUUUGAUGGAGAUGAUCCUUCUUUUAGAUACCGUUUCCUAGAACCUUCUUCCCAGCUUCUUAUAAGGCCAGUUUUUGACUCCCAUGGAUGGGACCAUGAUUGUGGUUAUGAUGGUGUGGUCAUUGAAGAUAAAGUUGACAUCGUGAGUCAUUUUCCAGCAGCAAUUUCGGUUCAGCUUACCAAGGAUAAAAAAGAAUUCAAUAUGCAGUUACGUUCAUCAGUCUCAGCAAGGCACGGGGACAAGAGAUCAAGCAUGGCAGGGCUAGAUAUUCAAACUUUUGGAAUGAAACAAGCCUACCUCCUCAAAGGCGAAACUAAAGUCAGGAACUCCAAGAAGAAUAUAACUGCAGCUGGAGUAUCUAUCACCUUUCUCGAGGAAAAUGUGGUGUCUGGGCUCAAAGUUGAGGACCAUAUUGCACUUGGAAAAAGUUUAUUGUUGUCUGGGAAUGCUGGAGUUGUUCGAUCUCAAGACGGUACAGCAUAUGGUGCAAACUUGGAAUUGUGCAGGAGGGACGAGGAUUAUCCUAUUGGUCAGGAUCAAGUCUUACUGGGGUUGUCUAUUAUGAGAUACAGAGGUGAUCUUACAUGUGGAUGCAACCUGCAAUCUCAAUUUUCUGUUGGUAGAAAUUCCAAAUUGAACAUCAGGGCUGGUUUGAACAACAAGCUAAGUGGGCAGAUUUCAAUAAAGACAAGCUGUUCAGAUCAGCUUCAAAUUGCUGCACUAGCUCUCCUUCCAGCUGUCAAAACCAUAUUCAAGAAAAUUUUCCCAGAAUCGAGGGAAGUCUCCUUGGCGUAGGUGCUCUUAUUAAGGUAGUUGAAGCUAAAAAAGAAGUCACCAGUUCCUUCUUGCUUUAGGGAUGCAUAUACUUGAGAAAUUUCAAUUAUUUCUGUAUAUUCAUGAUUUUGUGUAUACAAUGUUGUCUUCUUUUGUGAUUGUUCAGACACAUUAUUUGCUUGCUAUACAUACUCAUCCUUAACCGCUUCA